GCCCCUCUCUUCGCACUUGGCCGGACCAGAAUUGGUCCCACAUUGUCUCCCUUGGACGCGGGCACUUUUGACUCUGCAACUUCUGCGCGGAGCAUGUCUCGCACAGGUAAGCACCUGUUAAUACUGGAUCUCAUCAGCAUUGGGCCUUCGAUGCCGGUGCGGAACCACAUGAAGUUCGGCAGUGCAUCGCCGGCCUUCAGCAGGGUGAAAACCGGAUCCACUUCGUCCUUGCUGGAGGAUGUGGCGCUGGGCAACAAUUUACCUGUGAGGAACUUGGCGCGCUGUGGCUCCCGGACCCCCGUGUUGGACUAUGUGCGCUCUGGCUCGUCGGCAUCAUUCAGGUCUCACCUGCAGAUGGGCUCGCCGAUUUUCGCCUUGGGUGUAGCACGCUCGGCCUCGACACCAUUGGUCGGCGACCUGAUUCAAGGUGCAUCUCUGCCCAUCGUGGGAAGUACUGCUCUGGGUGGCUCGAUGGAAGCUAGUGGCCUUGCUAGCAUGGGCUCCGCGCCUUCUGUCCGUCAGCUCACCCUGCCCGAGCCUCCACCUUCCGCCCUGGGUGCCGCCCGAUUUGACCCGCCCUCGCCGGCGCCGGACGCCGGGCUCCUGGGAGCCCCGCUGUCUUUGAGGAGCUCUGCUCAGGCGGAGUCGGCGGCUCCCACCUUGGCCUUUGCUAACACGGGGCCCUGCUUGUCUUUGCGGAGCUCCAUGCGCGCAGGCCCUGCUUCGUCCUACAACGGCAAGCUUUCGGGCUCCACCCCUCCGCUUAUGGACCACGUCUCCUUGGGAAGCCCUGUGCCUGCCCAAAGCCUUGUUUGA